GGUGCUUCCUGUAGUAGUGGGGACGGGUUGCCUGGAGACGGCGGAAACGUUUGGUAGCAGCGCAGCAGCGAUGGAGAAGUAUGAGAAAAUCAAAGUUGUCGGAAGAGGAGCUUUCGGGAUCGUUCACCUCUGCCGCAGGCGCAGCGACGGAGCCUUUGUCAUCCUGAAGGAGAUCCCAGUGGAGCAGAUGUCACGAGACGAGCGCCUGGCGGCUCAGAACGAGUGUCAGGUCCUGAAACUGCUCAACCAUCCAAACAUCAUCGAGUACUAUGAGAACUUCCUGGAAGACAAGGCCCUCAUGAUAGCUAUGGAGUAUGCUCCAGGUGGAACUUUGGCUGAUUACAUACAGAAGCGCUGUAACUCUCUGCUGGACGAGGACACCAUCCUUCACUUCUUUGUACAGAUCCUACUCGCCCUGUACCACGUCCACAACAAACUCAUCCUGCAUAGAGACCUCAAGACACAGAAUAUCCUUCUGGAUAAGCACCAGAUGAUUGUUAAAAUUGGAGAUUUUGGCAUCUCCAAAAUCCUUGUGAGCAAAAGCAAAGCUUACACAGUGGUCGGGACGCCAUGCUACAUCUCACCAGAGCUGUGUGAAGGGAAACCAUAUAACCAGAAGAGUGAUAUCUGGGCUUUGGGCUGUGUGCUCUAUGAGCUGGCGAGCCUUAAGAGAGCCUUUGAGGCUGCUAAUCUACCCGCACUUGUUCUGAAGAUCAUGAGCGGGACAUUUGCUCCGAUUUCAGACCGAUACAGCCCUGAACUCCGACAGCUCAUCCUCAACAUGCUCAACCUGGAUCCAUCCAAACGACCCCAACUCAAUGAAAUAAUGGCUCUUCCCGUAUGCAUCAGACCCCUGCUUAACCUCUACACGGAUAUAGGCAAUGUCAAAAUGCGCAGGAUUGAGAAACCACUCUCUACUGUGCAAACUGGACCACAAGGUAGAGCAGGAGGGAGAGUUCCUGCCAACAGAUCCAGAGAUGGAUCCAUCGGUUUAGGAUCAGGGAAGCUGCAUUCCCUCCCACUAUCCUCAGUGUACACGUGGGGAAGUGGAAUCUCAGCUCCUCUCCGUCUGCCGAUGCUCAACACUGAGGUGCUGCAAGUGUCUCUGGGCCGUACGCAGAAGAUGGGGGUGACCAAGUCAGGCCGACUGAUUACAUGGGAGGCUCCGUCAGUGGGGUCUGGUGAGGCCAGUCUGCCUGGUGUGGUGGAGCAGAUGCAGCCUCAGUUCAUUUCACGUUUCCUUGAGGGUCAGUCUGGAGUCACCAUCAAGUCUGUGUCCUGCGGCGAUCUUUUUACCACCUGCAUGACAGACAGGGGCAUUAUCAUGACGUUUGGCAGCGGGAGCAAUGGCUGUCUAGGACACGGUAACUUCAAUGAUGUAACACAGCCUAAGAUCGUUGAGGCGCUCCUCGGCUACGAGCUGGUUCAGGUAUCGUGUGGUGCUUCCCACGUCCUCGCUGUGACCAAUGAAAGAGAAGUAUUUGCCUGGGGAAGAGGAGAUAAUGGUCGCCUCGGGCUUGGCACCCAAGACACCCACAACUCUCCGCAGCAGGUGUGUUUACCUGUGGAAUUUGAGGCCCAGAGGGUGGUCUGUGGAGUUGACUGCUCCAUGAUUAUCAGCACCCAGUACACCAUAGUGGCGUGUGGAAGCAACCGGUUCAACAAGCUCGGGCUGGAUAAAAUAACCGGAGAAGAGCCAAAUCCCUCCACUCAGGUGGAAGAAGUUCAUUCAUACAAUCCUGUUCAAUCGGCUCCACUCAACAGUGAGAAGAUAGUUUACAUUGACAUUGGGACAGCCCAUUCUGUGGCUGUUACAGAAAAGGGUCAGUGUUUUACCUUCGGCAGCAACCAGCAUGGCCAGAUGGGCUGUAGUUCGCGUCGUAGCAGCCGUGUGCCUUAUCAGGUGCCUGGGCUGCAGGGCAUCACCAUGGCUGCCUGUGGAGACGCCUUUACCUUAGCUAUUGGAUCUGAAGGAGAGGUGUACACCUGGGGAAAAGGGGCCCGCGGCCGCCUCGGAAGAAAAGAGGAGGAUUCUGGGAUACCGAAGGCGGUGCAGCUUGACGAGAGUCACCCAUUCGUGGUGACAUCAGUGGCUUGUUGUCAUGGCAACACUCUGCUGGCAGUGAAACCCUUGCUUGAGGAACCUGUCCCGAGAUGAUUUUGUCCUAAAAAAGAACCCACCCAGCGUCGGUCAUGGCGCCCGGCGGCGUCCUGAGGUGAAGGACAGCUUCCUCUGAAUAACUCGUCCCAGAGGCCCAUCUGUGCUGCCGCUGAAAGAUUCCCUUUCAUUCUGCAGCUGCGUCCUCACACUUUCGUUCUCUCUUCCUCUCUGUCGAGUUUUCUUUUUUUCUCCUCCAGAAUGAAUGUUUGUUUCAUUCGCUGGUUUGAUAUCAUGAAGCACAGAGGAAGGUCACAACCCGCCUGCUGCAGCAGGUGUAUCUCACUACAGGUUAGUUGAAGGAAUGUUGCGACACAGUUUCUGAAGAUGGAUUACAGGAAGUCAUUAAGGCAGCUUUCAUGUGGUGACCUAUUGUCCUCUCUCACGUGCAGCGUUUGCAUGAUAAAGACCAGAAAAAGUCAAACUGGUUUGAGCUCUCUUAAGCCACCGGUGAAUAAGAUGAUACGAUACAAAGACAGGAGGAGAAUGAAAGCCACUCGAGUGUUUAGUAACUCAUCAUUCCAACGAAGCGAACACAUUCAUCUCGAGCUUAUCGUCGGCGGUCACAUUGUGCUUUAUUGGAUUAGUCCUCCAAUACAUUUGUAACUGGACGUCAGAGUUCAAACCAGAUAACGAUGUUUUGUUAACGGUUCAACUGAGCGUCCUUAGGACUUAAUGACUGCGGCUGAAUUCCCUCAUUUACUCAAUCAUUACUCCUUCAGCAGUUCGUAGCGAGCAGUAAAACGAGAUAAGAAUCAUCUGUAUUUUGCUUCAUGAUGUUUUUGUUCCUGCGUACAAAUCAUUGAAAGCUUAAUGUUUAAAUAUACAAACAUCUGGAAGGUAAAUCAAGUGACUUCAGACAGAACAUUUGUAUUUUUGGAAGAGUCCUUGUUGUACAUCACUGUGAAUGUGUAUUAUAUUUUAAAUGAGAUGCUAUAUACUGUGUAUAUAUCUGUAAACUGUUUUUAUAGGAUGGAACCGAGAAGGUUAAGAAAACAAACUGCCAAAGCAGAAGCUAAAAUGUGCCUAUCAGCCUGUGAGUUGUGUUAGUAUAUGUGAAUGGCUAUGACAUAUGCAUUUUAAGGUGUGUCAGGAUGGAUGGAGAUCAUCUCUGAAAUGUUCCUAAAACACUCAUCUAGAUGAUGGAGUUCAUUUUUAUGUCUCCAAAAAACAUUUGUGUUAGUGUUGACUAGUCCUAGAAUAGAGUUUACUUUGUACUUUACCACUGCCAUGUCGUUUGUCCACAGAGGCCGCCAAAUUAAAUCACAAAGGAAAAAAAAGCAGUGGCUUCAAAAAAAGGUAUUAUCAUCCACAUAUACUUGAAAUACCAAAGAUUAAUAGCCCAUCUCAUAAUUGUGUUGUAUUAAUAGAUGAUAAUCAUUGAUUCUUCAGUGUAUAAGCACCACUGAGGUUGCAGCUGCUUAAGUUUGAAUUACCUGAUUUACUGCCAAUUGCUUCAAUCUGUGGUGAGACAACAUUAUUCAUUUGUUGGUCAUGUUUUUUAUUAAUUAAAAUCUGCACUCUAACUAAAGGCAUUAAAUAAAUGCAGUUUUCUUCUGAAUUGUGGUUGAGUAGAUUAUAAUGUACCAUAACAUGGAAACUCUCCUCAGGCUCAGUAUUUGAGUCGGAGCGCUGGUGCUUUUGUGGAACAUAAAGUAUUUCUAUGUUUUAACUUAUGAUGACAUUUUUCUACUGUUAAGGCUUUUAUAGUUGUGAUGAUAAAAACACUAACAGAGAGAUAAAUCUUUACGGCCGUCUGAAGUGAAGUUAUAUACAGCAGGAAACAUCCAACCUGUGAUAAACCUCAGGUUAUACGAGAAGAUGGUUGUAAAGUCUUCGUCACUUUCUAACAGCCACACGCGGAGCUGCAAUGAUCAUUUAGCUUGAUUUUUUUCCAGAGAAGACAAGGUUUUUACUAUCAAACAGGAUGUGUGGAAACAAAAUGUUGAACCUCCUCAUCCUGACGGUGAAGUUAGACUUUUAGACAAAACAUCAGCCGCUACAGAUUAAUAACUAAGUGCACUGACAGUCUGAUUUAUUCCUCUGCUCUCUUCUGCCCACACAGUCCCUAUUAUCCUCACAUUUAUCACCCAGUCACACAUUAAUCUGUGUUAAUUUCCACAGAGCUGCGAUCCGCUGAUAACAAUUAUUAUUAUAUUAGUAGAUUAAUAUGCAUUUUGUCUUUAAUGUUAAAAAGAAAACCACCUGUUUUUUUGUUUUUCUGUUUUGUUUUGGUUUUUUUUACCCCCACAAUAUGACAACUGCUCCCCUCUUAGAGAUCUGCUCACACCUGUCUGAGGACACGGAUCGUUUACCAUUGUUGUCUUGUGUGAUGAUGUAAUGAUGAUGUAAUCCGGUGGCAAUACAGCAGAUGAGAAAAUGA